AUGCAUUCUAUUAUCAGUUCGAGCAAGUCAUCCGCAAUGAGAGAGCAUAUCAUAAAUUUGUUGUCGGGUACUGUCCGCUCCACAAUCCCUCUCCCGGACCCUACUAUUCCCGCUGGAGAAAAACUACCUGCAAUUCUUCCGUCGGAUGUUCGAAUUGUGAUAGAAAUCAUGAAAAGAGGCACAGUUCCAGAACCCGAUAAUAUUCCCGGCGACUUUUUUAGAGCUGAAAGCCGCAAUUUACAUGUAGUUCUCGCAAAUCAUACGGCAGCCUACUUUCAAAAGGAGAAAAUUCCAGACCAGUGGAGGGCGUCGCGCACGGUCAUCCUCGCCAAGAAAGGAGACCGAAGGGAUCUUCGCAACUAUCGCCCUGUAUGGUUGUUGAGUGUACUCAACAAGCUCUUCACGAAGAUUUUCCUCUCGCGCAUAUCAAGGACACAAAGAAUAGCUUCUUCGUACACUCACCGCUUUCCACUAUGUCGCGUGGAGACCAGCGGCACAGAAUUCACAUGGAAGCGUAAUGUGCCAUUCCUAUCAGAAAAACAGGCUUAUAUACUGCCCAAUAUCACGCGUGAUAAUGAGGCAUUCUUCCCUGCGGUUCAUUUUCGGAUUUCUGGAAUUAAUCCAGAACGCCACGAGAGUUUUGCGUGCGUGUGUUCUCAAUUCCUAUGCGAGGAUCGUGACACGUACUUCAAAGUCCUCCCUGUUAGGUCUCUGGGUCCUAUGCGUGCCUAG